AUGAAAAACUGGGGUGAUCAACCAAGCGAAGGCGGCAAGGCUGGCCACCAGGGCGGCGGCAAUGUCCCCAACCACACGGGUCCAAAGGGUAUGGCCGGCCCCAAUUACGACCCCCAGUGGCAGCAGAAGCGGUCCAUGGACCCGGCCUCGGUGAUGAAGCGGGAGAAACUGGCAGAGCAGAGGCCACAGGGUACCCUUGGCACCAUGUGGCAGAAUUUGAUGUCUGGACCUGGAGGUCCGACUCCCACUGGCAAGUGA